GUAGAGGUGUUUGAAAAUUAAAGUGGAAUUUAAUUGUUACUCUAGAUUUUGUCUAUUAUUAAAUAAAGUAGUAAGCGUCAAUCAUGGUGCAUUCACAGUUUAGUUUAUCAUGGGAUUCGCAUAAAUCAAUUAUGUGCAAUGGUUUCAGUACUCUACAACAGAAUGGCGAAUUUGUAGACAUGACAAUUGCAGCAGACGGACACUUUGUGAAGGUACAUCAAAUGGUGAUGGCCAUGGCCAGCCCAUAUCUAAAGGAGCUGAUCACAUCUGCUCCGUGCCAGCACCCGGUUAUAUUCCUUAAUAAUGUGAGUCACAAGACAUUGUGUUCUCUCUUAGAGUAUGUAUACAUGGGGGAAGUGCUGCUCCCAGCUGAAAGCCUGGCACUCUUUGUGGAAACUGCUAAAUCAUUACACAUUAAAGGAUUGGAAAGCUUGAGCAGCAGUGAAUGUUUACCUGUACGAAUGGGUACGAACAUAUCACAGUUGGAAACUAGUGAAUUUAAGAACAUAUUGACUUCUUCAGAUGAAAAAACUGAACAGAUGAACUUGCCUGUGACAAGAAAAAUUGCUCUGAAAACAUAUAGUAAUACAAAAACACCUGGACCUUUUAAAACUAAAAUACAUGUGCCGGACAAUGUUCCUAUAAUGUCGGAUUAUGCUAUGGCUGAUGACACUGCACACGAUUCGGAUGACGACCACGACUUUCAGAACCAAACAGCCGCGAAUUCGAUGUUAGAUGCCACACCGGGCACAGAAAAACACUCAUCGAACCUACAAUUCACCGUGUCGAUACGCGGCUCGCUGCAAAUAAUCCUGAACCGUUACAUCUACAACCUGCACUCUGUGACGCACCGCACUGGCGUGCGUCGCUGGCGCUGCGUCGACUAUCGCAACCACAAGUGUAUGGCCUACGUCGUAUCCGACAAGAACGUCGUGAUUGGCAGAGGGAAUCUCCAUAACCAUCCAUUCCACGAUAAAAAAAUACUGUCAAAAAUUGAGAAAAACGUUGUCUACUCCGCUUUAGACGAUGUCGAAGGCUACAAGGAUAAGGAACCCACCGAAGACCCUGCGAAAGACGUCAAUGCCAUGGAACACGACAGCGAAUAUCUCUCCUUGGACUUCAGCGAAGAUAACGAACCAUGUAGUAUUAUAAAGCAGUUGAAGCAUAGUGAAACGUGAAUUCAUUGGGUGAAAGGAAUUCAG